GAGAGAGCAGAAGAAGAGACGGAGACUGUUGACCAUGCUCUAAGAGACGACAGCAAGCAGAGAGCUGAUACAGUGAAGGGAAAGUGCUCUUACAAGUUUGCUGCAAUGAGGAGAUUGAAAGCAAGCCUGUUUUUCCUUACUGUCCUCAUGACAGUGUUUCUUAUGCUCUGCACUGUGAGUGAUGGGCUGGAACUCUACCCCAGUAUCAGUGAAGUCAUCCUAACCAAAAACAGUUCAUUCAGCAUUUCAUGCAAAGGCUGGAACUCUGUCAGUUGGCGUUAUAAACGCGAGGAAAAAAUUCCACAUUUCGAAGUGGAAAAUCCAACCCCAACCACUAGCGUUCUCAUUCUGAGCAACGUGACGUGGAGACACACAGGGGUGUACGUCUGCACCGAAAACGGGACCAACGAGAGCAAGGAGGUGACGUUUUAUGUGCCGGACCCUGACGUAUGGUUUUUGGAAAAUGAGCACAUCAUGGUAACCAAGACUGGUGCUGAAGGUACUAUCCCCUGCUUGGUGACAGACCCCAAAAUAAAUGUCACCCUUUACGAAAGGGACAGCGAGGACCCUGUGCUUGGGGUGUACCAUCCGAGCAAAGGAUACACUGCCAUUCUGGAGGACAGAACCUAUAAGUGUAAGGGAGAGCUGAACGGCGAGGAGAAAGAGUCCAUCGGCUUCUACGUCUUCAGUAUCGUCGCACCAGAGACUAUUGACGCCUACAUCAAUGCCUCAAAGACAGUCCUGAAGAAGGGAGAGGCCUUGAGCGUUAACUGCACGGUGCAUGGAGUGGAACUGGUCUUCUUCUCCUGGGACUUCCCGAACAAAGAUGCGGGUGACAUCGAGCAGUUAACAGAUGUUCUGUCUGCCAUGAAAAUGCGGUCCUGUCUGAACAUCACCCACACCACACUGGCCAACUCCGGCCAGUACGUCUGUCACGUCCAUGAGGGGGUGCUGGACCAGAGAGCUUCAGCCAGCAUCAACAUCACCGUUCUGGAGAAAGGCUUUGUUGAACUGAGUUCAGCUCUGGGCCAGAACGUGUCCGCACAGCUGCAUGAGAAUGUGGAGCUAAGGGUGGAAGUGGAGGCUUACCCUAAACCUCACAUCCGUUGGACUAAAGAUGGAGCCGUCAUAAACGGUGACAACGUUAUCAACACGAGACAGGAAGAGGAGACGAGGUACAUCAGCACACUGACCUUGGUAAGAAUCAGGAUGGAGCAGAGAGGCUUCUAUACCAUUCAUGUUGAAAAUGAGGAUGAUUCCAAAGAAAUGACUUUUGAUCUAGAGAUUAAAGUACCUCCUCAGAUCACAGACCUGUCAGACCAUCAUCUGUCAGGGAAGCGACAUGCGGUGACCUGUGUGGCAGAGGGAGUUCCCUCUCCCAGCGUACAGUGGUACAGCUGUGACAGUAUGCACAAGUGCAGUAAUAGAAGCACUGUAUGGACACCUCUGGUAGACGACACAGAAAAUCUCAGCAUCCUCACUAACGUUACCUAUAACGACACACGGAAGAUCCACCAGGUUCGCAGUCAGGUGAUCUUUCACAGACCCCAGCAGGUCACCGUCCGCUGUGAGGCCAAAAACGAGAGAGGAGCUCGUGCUCGGGAUAUCAAGCUGGUGUCAAACACUCUCUUGUCCCAGGUUGCUGUCCUAGCUGCGGUGUUGGCUCUCGUGGUUAUAUUUGUCAUUUCUAUUAUAAUCCUCAUUGCUGUGUGGAGAAAGAAGCCGCGAUAUGAGAUCAGAUGGAAGGUGAUCGAGUCUGUGAGCUCAGACGGACAUGAAUAUAUCUAUGUUGACCCUAUUCACUUGCCCUAUGACCUGACCUGGGAGAUGUCCAGAGAAAGCCUGGUCUUAGGACGUACUUUGGGCUCAGGGGCGUUCGGCAGAGUGGUCGAGGCGACCGCAUACGGUCUCGGUCAUUCCCAAUCCAGCAUCAAAGUAGCUGUGAAAAUGCUGAAAUCCACUGCCAGGAGAAGUGAGACGCAGGCCCUGAUGUCUGAACUCAAAAUUAUGAGUCACUUAGGACCUCACCUAAACAUUGUCAACCUGCUUGGAGCCUGCACUAAACAAGGCCCACUCUACCUGGUAACAGAGUACUGUCGCUAUGGAGACCUGGUGGAUUACUUGCACAGGAACAAACACAGUUUUCUGCAGUACUACGCUGAUAAGAACCACACAGUUAAUGGUGAUGAGAGCCAGAACUGUGGCACCACAGAAUGGCCCUCUGUGAAAGGCUAUGUGAGAUUUUGUCAUGAAUCUGAUGGAGGCUACAUGGACAUGAGUAAAGAUGAGCAGACAGAGUACGUGCCCAUGCAGGAACUCACCGACACCAUCAAAUACGCUGACAUCCAACCGUGCCCAUAUGAGUCACCAUAUCAACAGGACAUCUAUCAGGAGCAAGGUCACAGGGUCGACCAGACUCUGGUCAUCAGCGAAUCGCCCAUCCUGAGUUAUACUGACCUUGUGGGCUUCAGCUUCCAAGUGGCCAAGGGCAUGGAGUUCCUGGCAUCCAAAAAUUGUGUUCACCGGGAUCUGGCAGCCCGGAAUGUCUUGAUCUGUGAAGGAAAACUGGUAAAGAUCUGUGACUUUGGACUGGCCAGAGACAUCAUGCAUGACUCCAACUACAUCUCGAAAGGCAGCACCUUCUUGCCUCUGAAAUGGAUGGCGCCAGAGAGCAUCUUCCAUAACCUCUAUACAACUCUGAGUGAUGUUUGGUCUUAUGGCAUCUUACUGUGGGAAAUAUUCACCUUGGGAGGAACCCCAUAUCCAGACCUACCAAUGAAUGAACUGUUCUACAGUGCCUUAAAGAGAGGCUACCGUAUGGCUAAACCCAUGCAUGCUUCAGAGGAGAUAUAUGAUGUGAUGAGGAAGUGUUGGGAUGAGAAGUUUGAGAAAAGGCCAGAGUUCUCCUUUCUGGUCCAAACAAUGGGGAACAUGCUGACAGACAGCUAUAAAAAGCGGUACUUCCAGGUAAAUGACAGCUUCCUGAGAAGUGACCACCCUGCUGUGGUUCGGGCAAAACCUAGAAUGAGCCCCCCGUUCCCAGCUAACGGACCCGGCCCGGACCCCGGCUCUGUGACCCCCCAAGCUUCUAGCCCUCGCGUUAGCCCCCGACCGCCGCUCGAUGGUGAAGAGUUGCAGGCUUCUUACAACGAGUACAUCAUCCCUAUUCCAGACCCCAAACCCGAGGAAGUUUGCCAGGAGGUUGCCCUGCCAACGGAAACCCCCUUGAGCUCUGUGGGAUCAGAUGAAGAGACCGUUUCCAUGGAAACACCAAGCACAGAACCAGAGGAGGAAAAAUGCACUCCUGAGGAGAAAGAGAAACCAAGUGAAGCUUCUGGAACUCCAGAUGUGGAGGACAGUUUCCUGUAGAUUUACCGGUGUUGCAAGCAUUCUCAUACAUUUGCUAUAUUGGUGUGAAUGUGUCACUCGAAUAGAGAAAAAAAUUGUUCUGCUUUAUUUCCAAGCUGAUAUAUAGAUAUAUAAUGGAGAAAUUCUUACUUCACACAAACUGUUGGCAAGCAC